GGCGCGGAGCCGGCCCCGGAGCUGGACGCGGUGCUGGAGGCCGUGGAGGGGCGCGGCGGUGGUGGCGCGGAGGCGGUGGAGCGCGUCCUGGAGUGGUACAACGAGGAGAAUCGGGCCACUUUCAAAUUUGACCCUGCAGAUGAAGAAAAAAGAAAGAAACUGUGUGAGGGAAUUCUAAACAUCCUUGAAAAAGACACAAAAACUUCAUGUCAAGUUGCCUGCCUGGGGGCUCUCCGGAUUCUCUCAAGGGACAAGAAGGUUUUAGUGCCUGUAACCACAAAGAGGAACAUGCAGAUCCUUAUGAAGCUAGCAAAGCUGGACACUGUGGAAGAUCCUCUGGAGAGAGUAUCUGAAUUUCCUGUGAUAGUAGAAGCCUUAAAAUGCCUCUGUAACAUAGUUUUUAAUAGUUCAGUUGCACAGAAGCUCAGUUUGGAACUGAAUCUUGCAGCGAUGCUCUGCAAUCUUCUUCAGAAAUGUAAGGACCAGCAGCUGGUUGAUGACAUUAAAUGCUUUGAUUUGCGUCUCCUCUUCCUCUUGUCACUUCUGCACACAGAUAUUAGAGCACAGCUGCGUCAGGAGCUACAAGGGGUGCAGGUUUUGACUCAGGCUUUGGAGAGUUCCCUGAGUGUAAGAUGGACAGAAGAAUAUAAAGCAGCAGAAGAUCGUGACAGGCCUCCUCUAUCUUUGCAAGAGACAGAUUGUGCCAUUGAGGCACUAAAGGCUCUAUUUAAUGUAACACUUGACAGUUGGAAUGUCCACAGCAAGAAUGAAUCUCAUCAAUUUCGUUACAUGGCUGCCAUCCUUCGACACUGCUUAUUAACCACGGGCCCUACUGAAGAAAAAACUGAAGAGUUGCACAGCAAUGCAAUCAACCUCUUAAGCAAUGUUCCUGUUUCUUGCUUGGAUGUUCUUAUUAAUCCAUCGUCCCAAGAGGAAACAGAUAUAAAAUACAAUGGUAUGAAUAUGGGAGCUAUUCAGAUUUUACUGGAUUUCAUGGAGAAGAGAAUAGACAAGGGAAGCAGCUAUAGAGAAGGUCUGACUCCAGUUCUCAGUUUAUUAACUGAAUGCUGCCGAACUCACAGGAAUAUCAGAAAGUUUAUCAAAGCUCAGGUACUGCCUCCACUAAGAGAUGUCUCAAACCGUCCUGAAGUUGGCACAACAGUGAGGAACAAACUCGUGCGCCUUAUGACACACGUUGACCUUGGAGUAAAGCAAAUUGCAGCAGAAUUUCUUUUUGUUCUUUGUAAAGAGAGAGUCGAUAGCUUGUUGAAAUACACAGGCUAUGGUAACGCAGCAGGAUUGUUGGCAGCCAGGGGCCUGCUAGCUGGAGGGAGAGGAGAUCAUUGGUACUCAGAUGAUGAAGAUACAGACACAGAAGAAUACAAAUCUGCAAAGCCAAACAUUAACCUUAUCACUGGUCACCUAGAAGAACCAAUGCCCAAUCCAAUGGAUGAAAUGACAGAAGAACAAAAAGAGUAUGAAGCUAUGAAGCUUGUCAACAUGUUUGAUAAACUUUCCAGAGAUGAGCUCAUAAAGCCAAUGGGAGUGCGGCCGGAUGGGACAAUGGCUCCUUUGGAGGAAGCAGUCAGCCAGUACCAUAUCAGCAAGCAAGAGAGCUCAGAUUCAGACUAAGGCAUCACCUGCUUCACUCUCAAUUCUCCUCUAAUCCACACUUCUCCUUAGAGCCACAUCUUUUAUCCUCACA